AUGAAGCAGGAGCCACAUAAACAAUCCGAAGAAAAAGAGAAGCCGAAAGGACCAAUGGCUACCGAAGGAGAACAACACACCUCAUUGUCUUCCGGUACUACUGUGACAGCUAGUACAGAGGACGAGAGGACCAACAGGAGGCCGGCAGGCUCAUCACAAACAGGAAAGUCUAUAUCGCUACGAAUAAGAAUAUUGAGACAACUUGGGAUUGACGAUAUUCAAGAACUAGACGCAAGUGAUACCGGCCUAGUGGAGCAAUUUUUAAAUGUACGAUUGAUAAACGACACAAAAGAACUAGAAAAGAUACGCGAGUCGAAUCUUACGAAACUAAACCAAAUUAUUGAUAAAUGUGUGGAAAGUGACAAAAUCAGUGAUUUGACAUUAAACAAGAUUCUUGAGAUGUCCAUGAAUAGAGAUACAAAUAAUGACAACAAUAAUCAUCUUACGAUACCGUCCCCGGUAAUGACAAAGAAACGUAAGAUAAAUGCAUCCGAACUAGCAAGUCCACGAGGCCAUAGAAGAUACAGAUCUGACAUACCUACAGUGUCAGAAGUGGAGACAGGGGUCAGUUACCCUCAAAUGCAUCAGCAACCAGGCGCAUACACCUUACCUAUGCCUGCAAAUCAGUGGAUGAAUAACCCAUAUAUGCAACCCCCGCAGCCACAAGUGCAGCAGAUAAUGCCGCAGUAUUUGUAUCCGCCAGGGAUGGGUCCACAAGCACAACUGCCCACAAUGAACUCAAACUCUGAGUCCCAGACUCCAGUGAUGAGCUCACAAUUUCUCUCAUUGAAUCAGCAUGGCCUUUACCAACAAAACAUGGGUGCUCACCCCGUAAUGAGUAUGGGUCCACAGGCAAAUAUAUACGGGCAGCAGCAACAGCAGCAACCUAGCCAAGAACGAGAUCAGUCAAGAAAAAGUUUUAGUCAUAGAAGGUCACAAAGUGCCAACAUUUCCAUGGCAAAUUUUAGGUCGCCCAUGCGAAAUCCCCAGGCGGCUUCAUCUCAAAGACCCGUCAACUUUCUCAUUCAUACACCAAAACAUCCUCCUCCGACAUGA